AUUUGUUGUAAAAUGGACUUCUGUGAUACUCCAUUGGAUAUUGAUCCCGGCUUGUUUGACGCCAAACCCACUGGAAGCAUUACUAGCGGCUCUAGUACCUCAGAUGGUGUUACAGAGCUCCGGCGAAGUUACAAACCAGUUCCAGUGGAGGAAAAAGAAUCGCUGGAAUAUGCUAUCCGGCGCAAGCAGAAUAACCAGGCUGUAAGGCGCUGCCGAACUCUGGGAAAAGUAAAGCACAAGAGCCUUCUUAUAAAGACUGCCGGUUACCAGAACCUUUCCGAAAAAUACCGUACCGCCACGGGCGAAAUGGAAGCUGCUCGAAAAACCCUUGAGACACUUUUCCGACAACAACUUAUCUCCGGCUCCGCUGCCCAAGAAGUUCAAAAGGUUCGAUUAGCAAUUGAAGCGGAGGCAAAAUCCCGGUCUCUAUUUGAUUCUAGAAUUGAAUCUGCGCGGCAGCAGUACUUGGCUCAACUGGAGGAUCUCUCGAAGGACGCAGAGAUACUGCAGUCUCCAGAACUGUCCAGUCAUUCCAGCGAGGCCUCAUUUCCCUCCUCGGAGUCCACUUCUUUCCCAUAA